AUGGACUUUACUGAUAUUUUUUCCGAUUUACAAAAAGGGCAUUUACCAAACUUUGAAACUUUAAACAUAAUAUUAAACUUAGCAACAGAAUUAUUGAUUAAAGAACCGAAUAUUCUUACACUUAAUUCUCCACUAAAUGUUGUAGGUGAUUUGCAUGGUCAAUAUUAUGAUUUUCUUAACAUAUUAGAUUUAUUUGGAAUGCCUUCGAAAGAAAAUCAUUAUUUAUUUUUGGGCGACUAUGUUGACAGAGGCCUUAACUCUGUAGAAUUAUUAAUAUCUGUACUAAUUCUUAAAAUUUUACAUCCCGACUUUGUUUAUCUAUUGAGAGGAAACCACGAAUCAAAAUGCAUGGGAAUUAAUUACACAUUUAGACAGGAAUGUAGAAUUAAAUACAAUGAAAUUAUUUUUCUUAGAUUUUGCGAAAUUUUUACCUUCUUACCUGUAUGCGCAUUAGUCGACAAUGACAUUUUAUGCAUACAUGGAGGAAUCACACCAUAUUUAAAUUUAGCGCAUUUAAAUAGUGAAGAUAGAUUUGAAGAGCUUCCGAAUUUUCAUGAUAUAUAUUGGAGUGAUCCUGACAAUUACGUAAAAAAAUAUGAAGAAAGUCCAAGAGGUGCUGGAUAUUUAUUUGGAGAAGAAGAUACUAUAAAAUUUUUACAUGAAAAUAAUGUUAAAUGUAUAAUAAGAUCACAUCAGUUGGUAGAAUCGGGAUUUGACUCAAAAUUUGGAGGAAAAGUGUUGACUGUUUGGUCUGCUCCUAAUUAUGUUUAUACACACGGAAAUGGUGCAUCUAUAUUGUUUAUUGAUAAAGGCGUUAUUGUUCCUAAAUAUUUUGAAAAAGCUAAUCCGCAAUAUCUAGAGGAUGAAACCUACAAAUAUUUUAUGAAAAUUAAUAAUUUAGAACAAUAA